UUACCGCAUCCGAUGUAAAUUAAUUAAACAAUUUUUUCCUGAAAAAAAAAUAUUUUACGUAGAUUAUUUAAGCGGAAAGGAAAUUGCUUAUCUUCGUGGUUGAAUUAAAUAUAGCUUUCAAUUUACAACAAGCUUACAAAAUAACCACUGGUAUUAAUACAAAUGUAAUAAAUAUAAUGAAAAUAAAUAAGUACUAAUCGCAUCCAUCUAGCCUAAGGAUGCUUUUAAUUCUGCUGUUUUAUUUGUCUUUGGUGCGAAGUAAAACUUAUUUAUUAAUGGAAAAUAAAGAAACGCAGUGUGUUGGUUACAUCAAGGACUUAAAUUCACUUGCCAAUUGGAGAGACAUUGCACAUCAUCUUCUGGGAGGACAAGAACGCUCUGUAAACUUUAAAUAUGUUCAACUAAAUAUGACAAGGGCAGUUUAUAUUGAAAAUUCAUCCAUCAUCAAUCCGACCGUUUUAUUUAAAUAUGAUGAACUGUACGAAGUGCAACAUAGCUUUUUGGAGUUUAUGGGCUUAAAUGAGGAAUGUGAAUUAACUGAAAAUAGACUAGGAAAAAACAAAUUUAAAAUGUCCAUUUUGUCAGAAUUGCAAUCAUAUUAUUUGAUCAAUGAAGCUAAAAUGUUUAAAUAUGACUUUACAAAUAACACCGAAGAAUAUAACUGUCUCCAGUUUUACAUUUCCUUUUGUCAGAAUUGCCGCUUUCACGUUGAAAUUCACGAACACAAACUAAGUAUUGACGUCAACACAAUUAAUAUUAACAAUUGCGUUAAUCGUAUUUUAAUGCCUUCAACAUACAGAUACAACAUUCAUGAAACGUGGAGGCGCGUGGAUAUUUGCAGUAAAGAACCAUUCAAUGAAAAUUCCAGAUUAAUAAUAAACACCAUUUUUAAAAACAAGGCACUAUUCAAUUUUAAAUUCUGGACAUUAACUGACAUGAUACUAUACAAGUCCAAUAGCAACGUCAAAACGAAUUCUGCAGUUCCUAAAACACCUGAAACGUCUUUUAGUUUCGAAAAAAUUCUGUGUGCAAAAUUAACAAGAAACGUAAAUGAUGGCAACAACAAAUGUUUUAAAGAUAGUUUUUAUAUAAGCACAAUAAAUUUAAAUAUUCAGUGUGGCGUCCAACAUAUACAAUUUCAUAAUUAUUCUUUUAUAAUAACAAUAGUUUCUUGGAUUAUUGGAGGUGUAGGACUAAUUUCAUUUUUUGGAACACUUAUUUUCACAGUGUUUUAUUUGAAAUGUAGACUUGGGAAAAUAGGAGAACGACCAUCAGCAGAUGAGGCAACAGGAAUAGAACUCGAAUCUCAUAAAGUAAUAGACCAGCAGUACGCAGAGAUUGUCGAUAUAGUCAACGAUGAUGAAUUCAGUGAUUCUGAUGAUGAUGAUCAUGAAUAUUGUGUAUUAUGCCCUAAAGUUGCAUUGUGUAAAUAGUAAAUUUAACUUUUAUAUUUAUUUUCGAUGUAAUGUAGAAAUACUCAGAUUUUAAUAAUAAUUCGGAAUAUUUUAAAGAUAGAAAGACAGCUCGUACGAAAAUGUUGGAGAAAUACCCUCAGACGGGAGUUUUAAUCAAAGGCAAAGAACAGCAAUCAGAAAUUCAGUGACUGUAACCAAAAUGAUAUAAUAAAUAUGUAUUGUCUUCUAAAGUUGUAUUGUUUUAAAAUAAACUAGUUUUAAAACAUG